AUGGCGUCUAACGCGAAACGCACGCGAGGCUAUUGCCUCUCCUUGGCUGGGGCGGCGUUGGCCUAUGCCUGCCUGCUGGCCAUCUGCGCAGCCUUGGAGAUCACCGAAGGGAUUCGGUCCCUGCACGUUCUCAAAUCGCCGCUGAGCCAUGCGUCAGCUCUCGUUCAAGGUCGCAUCAUCUCCAUUUUCCUCGUUGCCAGUUUCGACAUUUUGGUCGCGAUUCUGUCGGUGGCUGCCGUCACGUUCCGGUUACCGCAGCUAACGUCUUUCCUGACGUGGGCAGCUCUGGUGAACGGAGUGCUCAGUUUCAUCUCCGUUAUUGUUUGGUACUUUGGCGUUCGAGCGUCCCUGUGGAUCGUUCUUGGUGUGGCGAUCCCGAUGACCCGCAUUUUCGCUUCGCUGGCGAAUAUACAGUCCGCUGGAGGGGACGGAUUCGAAGGCAGAAGCUACAAGAUGCUGGGUCAAGUGCGUGAAGAUGUGUUGUCCGGUCCUAGCGAGAUGCGCAAACUGGGCACUUGGGGAAUCGGCAUGUCCGUGGGCACUGGCGCUCUCGUGUUCAGUCUGUUUUGUCUCUUCGUCGCCAUGCUGGAAUGCGCGGGAUACUGGAACAGCCGCCUGUACGCUGCGACAACGCACGGGCCCAACACGUGUUUGUUUAUUCACGGGAUCUUAUUAGCCGCAGCAGGAAUGGCCGGCCUCGUUGGGGCCAUCGGCGUGUGGAAAUCGUUCACCAGCCUCGCAACAGCACUUACUGUACUCGCUGUUCCUCUGAGCCUUUGCGUACUAAUUUGGUGGAAUAUCGUCUCGUCGACUGACCCCGCCCUUUCUCCGUACAGUUUCUUGGACGCAAAUGCGCUAGUCAAGGACCAGUGGUGGUUUCUCGCUGCCGCUCCCGUGGGUUUGUGGUGCUACAUGGCGAUGAUACGCCUGCAGGAGAAACGGAUGUCUGGGUUUGAGGGCCCGGACGAAAUUCCAGAGGGAGAGGAACAAAAGCUUCUGGCGGAUAACAUCUAA